ACAGAUGGGGUGAGCAGAUCCAUAGGUGGUAAUUCUGGCCUCCUGUUUGCAAUUCAGCCCCUAAACCUGCCAUUAGGGUGCCUGGGGAAAGAUUAUGAAAUUUGGCAGAAAUGUGUGUAAAAUUCAGGAAAGGGCGUUGGCCACGUGUUGGGCACUUGCCAUAGACGUGACUGAGAUUGUCGGUGGGUGAAGCGGAACAAAAACAUAUGACAGGGAUGGCGUUUCCCAACACCCUUGGAAAUAAAACUUCGACUCCAGAAUCUGGAGAAACUCAAGUCACUCUUAAAGUCAGUUUCCCCCCCAGGUUGUCGAUUGCACCAUCAACGGGCCUCAACUGCCAAGUCUUCUCUUCCCUCCCUCUCUUCUCACGAGGUCAGUUGCAUAACCUGUAGGAAAAUACCAGAAUGGAGUUGCCCAAACCUAUUAUUGAACCCAAAUUAGCUCUAGCCACACCUUUCCAAGCAAUGCAGAUGAACAUGGAAAAGGAGACGCUGCCGACACUGCCUAGACACCGACAGUAGCAGUUGAUACCCCGUGGGGUCGACAAAGGGUGCCGUGUAUUUUGAGUAUGGAGUUGCUCCUGAGGCAGGAGCGGAAAAUGCCGGAUCUGCUUAUACCUUGGCAAGGUUCCUAAACCGCAGGGAAAUGGCCAUAUGCUUCCUCUUGAUGAUCUGCUUUAUUUGGAUGCCAUUUGUCGUUUCAGCUGCGUUACUAGCACCCCCUCAGAAUAUUACAAUUCUGUCCACGAAUAUGAAGCACUUUCUCAUUUGGAGCCCAGUUGCGGAGAUUGUGCCUGGCGAGAUUGUAAAAUACUCGGUCGAAUUUCAAGGGGAAUAUGAGAGAGACUAUGCCAACGACAGCUGGAUUCCCAUUGCAGAAUGCACAGGUGUUAGUCUUACUCAGUGUGAUAUCACCGAAGACAUAUCAGCUACUGUGCCAUAUAAUCUACGUGUUAGAGCAUCUACGGGGACACAGGCCUCCCUCUGGGCCACACUCAACGGCUUCUUCAAUCGUGUCACAACAUCCCUCAUUCCACCAACAUUGACCGUCACCACUGAUGGAUAUCACUUGCUAGUAGAAUUGGAACACCUGGGACCUGCCUUUGAAUUCUGGAUAUUUUACUGGAAGAAAGGCCCAGAAUCUAAAAUUUACCGCAAAAUGGUGAGGGAAAGCUCCACCACUGUGCACCUGGAAACGAUGGAAGCUGGAGCUGAAUACUGCGUCAAAGCUCAGACCUAUGUACAAGCGAUCAACAGGAGCAGCAAUUUCAGCGAGGUGCAGUGCGUGAAAUCAGAAGAUGCCAAAGUCAUACUGUUGACCUUUGCCCCACUCUUCCUGAUUAUUUUUUUUGUGGCUGUUCUGGUCCUUUCUUUUCUUGCUUGGAAAACCUGUCGGAUCUGCCAGUAUUCCUUCUGCCCAGACGAGGUCCUUCCAGAUACUUUGAAGCUAACAGCAUCACCUGCUAAGAUACUAAAGGAGAAGGGAGAAGAGAUUGAGAAGUGUGAUGAAUCAGUGCAAGUGUUGCCUUCCGAAGAGAUUUUGCUUCAUUUUUGGAUCCAUGAAACUCUUUAAUAUCACCUUAAAGACACUAACAGCAAACUGA